AUGUACUACGUUAGCAAAGCCUUGCAUGAUACCGAGGUUCGGUACCCAGAUAUUGAGAAGCUGGCCUUUGCCCUGAAGCCAGAGACUUCUGGCAGACUAGUUAAGUGGGCCAUUGAGCUUGGUGAAUUUGAUAUUCACUAUAAACCCAACUCGGCUACAAAGGGACAGGCUGUUGUCGACUUCAUCUCCGAAUUUAUAGAACCCCAAGCUUCGGCCCCCCCAGGUCUUACUGGAACCUACUCCUACCUCAACCCUGGUUCACAUUGCCAGCAACGACAACUUCGACCUCAGCCAGCAUUUAUGGACAUUGUAUGUUGA